AUGGGGGGCGAAGGGGUAAGUGAAACCCACGUAGGAGAGCUCCACCGGGGUGUGAAAUGGAUCCUCAAAACUCGGCUCAUUGUGCGGACUGGUGGAGGUGGGCUCGGUCUGGGGGGAGGCGGCGCUGGGGGCGGAUUUGGCUUUGGCGGAUUUGGCUUUGGCGGCGGCGCGGGUGCUGGUGGCGGGGGCCUGGGCGUAGGCUUUGGUGGGGGCCGAAGUCCGGCAGGCUUUGGCGGUGGCGGUGCACCCACCCUGGGGACCAUCCAAGAAGUGACUGUCAACCAAAGUCUCCUCGCCCCGUUGAACCUGGAGAUUGACCCAAGCAUCCAGCAGGUGCGGAAGGAGGAGAGGGAGCAGAUCAAGAGCCUCAACAACAAAUUUGCUUCGUUCAUUGACAAGGUCCGCUUCCUGGAGCAGCAGAACAAAGUUCUUGAGACCAAGUGGAGCCUCCUGCAGGACCAGGGUCAGAAAUCCACCUCCAGCAAGAGCAGCCUGGACCCCCUCUUCGAGGCCUACGUCAACAACCUGCGGAAGCAGCUGAGCAGCCUGCUAAGCGAACGGGGGCGGCUGGAGGGCGAACUCAGGAACGUGCAGGACCUCGUGGAGGAUUUUAAGAACAAGUACGAAGACGAAAUCAACAAGCGCACGAAUGCGGAGAACGACUUCGUGGUGCUCAAGAAGGAUGUGGACACCGCCUACAUGAACAAGAGGGAGCUGGAGGCCAAAGUGGACGCCUUGAUGGAUGAGAUCAGCUUCCUCCGAACGCUCCACGACACGGAACUGGCCCAGUUGAACGAGCAGGUCUCCGACACCUCCAUCAUCCUGUCAAUGGACAACAACCGAGAUCUGGACCUUAGCAGCAUCGUGAACGAAGUCAAGGCGCAGUACGAGGACAUUGCCAACCGGAGCCGCACCGAGGCGGAGUCGUGGUACCAGACCAAGUUUGAGGAGCUGCGAGCCACCGCCGGGAAACACGGCGACGACCUGCGGAACACGAAGGGGGAGAUCUCCGAGCUCAACCGCAUGAUCCAGAGGCUGCGAAGGGAAGUCCGCUCCCGCCCCCUGCAGUGCGCCAACCUGCAGACGGCCAUCGCGGACUCUGAGGAGCGGGGCGAGCUGGCCCUCAAGGACGCCCGGGCCAAGCUGGCGGAGCUGGAGGCGGCCCUGAACAAGGCCAAGCAGGACAUGGCCCGCCAGCUGCGGGAGUACCAGGAGCUGAUGAACGUCAAGCUGGCCCUGGAUAUCGAGAUCGCCACCUACAACAAGCUGCUGGAAGGAGAGGAGAGCAGGUGGGGGCAGGACAGAGCACAGGAGGGGAGGGGGAGUGUCUUCAUCGCCGUGAUUCAGACAGGGAAACUGAGGCACGGAGCGUCCAUUGAGAUCAGCUGCCGCACUCCAGGGGCUCUGUGCUCCAGGGGCCUGCUGUAG